GAAACUGCAUUGAAUCCCGAUCCUCCAGUAUCAGUAUGUAGCUAGCCGCCGCGCCCACCAACCAACGCCUCGCUUGGUACUCGGCUAAUCGCACACCACCACCGCCGCCGCCGCCGGUACCAACCCCACUGACUCUGACACCUCCCCUCCCGCUUCUAUAGAUCCCGUCCCCUUCCCAGCCCGCACCAGGCAGCCCAAAACCCUCUCCUUUCCACAAUGGCCUCCGCCACCGCCGCGACGUCCACCCCUCACUCCAUCCUCCUCCAGCGCCCCACCAGCACGGCCGCCCCGCGGACCCCCACCUCCCUCCGCCUCCCCGCCCGCGCCGCCAAGAUCUCCUGCACGGCGGUUGCGGCGCCGUCCCCCUCCUCACCCCUCACCGGCGCCGGGGAGCGUGGCGUUUACAACUUCGCGGCGGGCCCGGCAACGCUCCCGCUCUCCGUCCUCAAGAAGGCGCAGGCGGAGCUUGUCGACUACCGCGGCUCCGGGAUGAGCAUCAUGGAGAUGAGCCACCGCGGGAAGGAGUUCGACGCCGCCAUCAAGAAGGCCGAGGCCGACCUCCGCGCGCUCCUCGCCGUGCCCGACACCCACGAAGUCCUCUUCCUCCAGGGCGGCGCCACCACCCAGUUCGCCGCCGUGCCGCUCAACCUCUGCGCCGGCCCCUCCGACCCCACCGACUUCGUCGUCUCCGGGUCGUGGAGCGACAAGGCCUUCAAGGAGGCCAAGAAGUUCUCCGCCGCCGCCGUCGCCUGGUCCGGCAAGGACGGCAAGUACACCUCCCUCCCGCCCUUCGACGCCAUCAAGCAGAACCCGGAGGCCAGGUUCCUCCACAUCUGCUCCAACGAGACCAUCCACGGCGUCGAGUUCAAGGACUACCCGGAGCCCAAGAACAAGUCCGGCAUCCUCGUCGCCGACAUGUCAUCCAACUUCUGCUCCAAGCCCGUCGACGUCUCCCGCUUCGGCGUCAUCUACGCCGGCGCGCAGAAGAACGUCGGCCCCUCCGGCGUCACCAUCGCCAUCGUGCGCAAGGACCUCAUCGGCAACGCGCAGCCCAUCACGCCGGUCAUGCUGGACUUCAAGACGCACGCCGACAACGCCUCGCUCUACAACACCCCGCCCUGCUUCGCCAUCUACAUCUGCGGGCUCGUGUUCGAGGACUUGCUCGCGCAGGGUGGCCUCGCGGAGGUCGAGAAGAAGAACGCCCACAAGGCCGGCAUCCUGUACGACACCAUUGACGCCAGCGGCGGGUACUACAUCUGCCCCGUUGAGAAGUCCGUGCGGUCCCUGAUGAACGUGCCCUUCACGCUGGCCAAGGGGGCGGACUUUGAGAAGCAGUUCAUUGCCGAGGCGACCAAGGAGAGCAUGGUGCAGCUCAAAGGGCACAGGUCGGUCGGUGGCGUGCGCGCAUCCAUCUACAAUGCCAUGCCGCUCGCCGGUGUGGAGAAGCUUGUCGCAUUCAUGAAGGAUUUCCAAGCUAGGAACCCUUGAUUGGCUUGCGCUUAUGAUCAUUUGGUAUUGCUACUCUUUAGUAGCAAGUGGGCUCUGUGCAACAGCUGCUUUGCGCAUUUACGAUCCAUCUGUAGUAUUAGUAUCGUAAUAACUACUAUUUUGUGAUGUACUUUCCUAUCUUCUUUUGGUAUCUAUGGGAUUCCAUGGCUCACCAUUGGGAUUCGAAUAUGUUCUUCUGAGAAUAAAGGUAGAGGGUCGAUUCUCUUGAGAGUAGGUGAUGCUGCUGUAUGAUUCAGACUUCAGAGCUUAUAAAUGUAUCCAAUUUGAAGUUUGGUUGGUUUUUUCCUCUUAAACAAAGCAGAUUUUGUCGGUUUC